AUGGGGGGAGGAUCACCCUGGUGCCGCCUGCCCCUGGCCGGUGUGCCCGCAUUUCCCGUCCGGCUGCCCCAUCCCAACUUCCGGUUUCCCGGCUCUCUGGCGGCGCCCGCCUCUGGGCACCGACUCAGCACCACGGCAGAAGACAUCAAGACCAAAGUCAAGAACGACCAGACCGCCCCUUGUGACAGCCGCUUCCCCAACCAGAGCCAGACCCGGAACUCCUGGCAAAACUACCUAGACUUCCACCGCUGUGAGAAGGCGAUGACUGCUAAAGGGGGUGAGGUCUCCGUGUGCGAAUGGUACCGGCGUGUGUACAAGUCCCUCUGCUCCAUGUCCUGGGUGGCAGCCUGGGACGACCUCCGGGCGGAAAGCACGUUUCCCGGGAAGAUCUGAACUGGCUCCCCGCAGCUCUCGUCUGU